UUUUCCGAAAUUUUACAAUUCGUAACGAAAAUGGCGAAAAGUUGGAAAAUGUAAACUAUUCUAAAUGGUAGUUUGACAAACACCUUUGGGAUGAAUGAAGCUUCCGAUGGUGUAAGAGAUAAAUCUUCUGACCGGAAAGAUGAAAGUCAAAGCAAAGAUAUGGGUAAGGAGGGGGGUAAAUCUACCUCAAGCCUAAGCGAAAACGCAAGUAGAACUCCCAAAAUGGUUGAAAAUUCUGGUUCUAAACAACCUGCUUCCGAUUUGAAACCAUCAGAAAGGUACAGAUCUGACAGGCCAUCAUAUGACAAAAGAUAUGAAUCCAGAGAAAGGCCUCCGUAUGGAAAUGUCAAUGGCUACAAGCCUUCUGGAAGAGGGAGGAGAGACUUUGACAGACGACCACCAAAGACCGGGAAACCAUACAGAGGCAGAGGAGAUUUUAAGGGUGCUGGUGGUGCUGGCUCAUACAGGCGAGAUGAGAGGAGGGAUCCUGAAGCCAAAAGAAUUUAUGAUAAUCAAGAUGAAACUAGGUUGUCAAAACUUCUGAAAAAGCUCCAGAGAGAAACAGAGAGAGACCGGAAGUUGUAUACGAUAAAGCAGCUCAUUGACUACAUUCAUACCCAAGAAGGAGCUAAGUUGGCAUCAAGAAGUAUGGAAGAAGUGCUGGAUAAUCUAAAGGAUGUUCUGUUUGAAAGAGGCUACAAAGAAGUGAAGGCCGAGGUUGUGUACUGUAUUGGCUUGGUUGGAACACUGUCAGGAAGUGAUGCACAGAGUUACUUCAACUGGAUAUUUGGUCAGAUUACCAGCUUGAUUGAGGAUGAUAUUAAGAUCAUGUUUCUGCAAGCCCUGCUUGAGCCAUUAAAAUGUGAUGAAAUGCAGUGGACAGCAGAUUUUAUGGAGAUGUUACUAGGCCAGCUGCAAUCCUUGUUGGAGAACGCUGACACACCGGAAUUGUUGACUGCUGUUGUGAACGUGAUUCUGCAGCUUACCAACACAUACCCGAAAGUCUUCCAAAUGUUCUUCAGAGACACAGUGGACAUCCUGGUUGGCUGGCACAUUGACUCCAGCCAGCGCGACCGUGUCAUUGAGUUCACGUCACGUGCCCUCGUCUCCUUCCGACAGUUCUGGUUGGCUGACCAAGAGUUUACACAGGAGCUUCUUGGGCAGUUCUUGGAGGAUAUGGAGGCAUAUGUUGAGGACCUGGGGGUAGUAAGUCAGAAUGCGGACAAGCUGGGUCCGGCCCCUGAAGAGAUCAGCAAGAUUGGUUCCCUGCUUAGAGUGUUCACAACUGUUGUAAAGAGCCUGGGACCAACCUUUGACCACAGCAAGUCAGUGGAACUGUCACUGCCAUACCUGAUAGAGAUGUUUGACAAGGUGUUGAGAGCCAUCAACAGUUCAGUGAAGUCAUAUUUCUCCGAGUUCAUUGUUUUGGCAGGUGAUGAGUGUGUGAGUGAGCUACUGACAAUGAUGGGAAGCUCGGUUAUACAGUGUGAGACCAGUCUACUCCAGUAUUUGUCUACCAUUGCAUUUCCCCCUCACCCUGUCUCAAACUCAUACACAACUGCUGCUGUCAACCUUCUGAAGAAGGUUGUAGAAGUGUUUGGAAGUCAACUGUCGGUCUCCUGGCUCACAAACGUUCUCAAGCCAGCCUCUGUAUUACAAACUGCCAAGACCAGCAUCUCCCCUCAUGUGCUGAAGAGUGUGUCUGCAGUGUACAAGACUCUGCUAGGAUUGAGGAGCAUAGCUCUGCUGGAGGAAACAUACAGGCAUCUGUUGGGUGACAUAGAGAAAAGUUUCAACACUCUACUUGAGGCGUGCGGGGAUGAGGGGCUAGUUAGACUGGUUACAUCGACUCCCUUCCAGGACGUAACAUACACUGCUAGAGAGGCAGAGACAGUCUGCAUGUUCAACCUAUGGGCUCUCGGCGAGAUUGGAAAUACAAAGAAUAACCUCAUUGGGAUGUGGGCAUUGUCUCCAAGCCUGUUUGACCUGUACAGUGAGAGGCUCGACGUGGUGCGACCAUCUGUCAGUGUUCAGUACCCUGGCCUGCAGUAUGCCAUCCUACAGGCACUGUACUCACACUCGAACACGCAUGGUAACUUCAUCUCCACGAGCUCACUGCUGACCCAGAGUUCUCCCAAUGAGAGUUCACUGUUUGCAAGCGUCAGUCCUUCCACAAGCUCAAACUUUUCACGGCUCCUCAAAGUUCUGGCUGAUCUACUGAGACACUCAAGCACCUCCUUUGACUGCAAGCUUCUGGCUGUGAGGUGGGUCACAGAGCUGGUUGUCAGUCUACACUCCAGUCCCCAGGUGUUCACCACACAUCAGUUCCUGUCUCUGGUCCAGGCUCUCUACACCGUUGGCUAUGACCAGGAGGAGGACGUUGCCUCGGCCGUGCACAUUUGCCUCACCAACCUGUUCCAGAAUCCCAGGACCUACCCUAAAUACAUCAUCAAGGGAUGCGUCAAGCUGUGUAUGUACCGGCUCAAUGAAGGCAGUGAGAUUCUACGAGACAACUAUUUCUCUCUCAUCUGUCUACUGCCUGUUAACGUCACAACAAGUAAGAACAAUGGCCUUUACCUGCUAGAAGAAGACAGUCAGCUUGUAUACAGUGAGGGUUCUGUCGGCCUGGAUGCCCUCUGGCAGGUGUGCAGGUCCUACUCAACUCGUCCUCCACUUGGAUCCUUCCACUCCCACAACUUCAAACAGGUCAUGGGUUACCUGCUUCAGAACCAGAAAUCAAAGGUGGUGGGGUCACAGGCGUGGCUAGAUGCUAUGUUCCAGUCAGCACAGAGACCCAGCAGCAAACAAGAAUGGAAGUCGACAGACCCUCUUGUCAUACAGAACUAUAUCUCACAGAGCCCUACAGUACAGUGGUACUGGGCGACAUGGGAAGCCGCCCAAUUCUGCGUACUGACACGUCUCAAGACACCACUCGGGAAACCCCAGGAGACGUUCACCUCCAUCGAGGCUGUCCUUAAGUCCCUCGCCGCACAGACGGACGGACACACGGAUGAGGAGGAGGGUACUGAGAACAGGAAGAAAAGUAAGCCCAUGUCAGGUGACUGUCGACAGCGUGUAAAACUGGUGCUUCAAUUUAUGGAACAGCUUGAAAGACAUCUAUACAACGCAUAUGAAGGGGCAGCAGUCUCUAUGCCUAAUCUGCCCAAGGCUGUUCGAACAUUUUUCCGCACAAACAAGAACACAUGCCUGGAAUGGUUGUCCCGUAUCAGGAUGUACGUGAUCGUCAUGGCGCUACACGCAGGAAUGUACACUUCUGUGGUUCGACAUGCUUCGAUCCUCAUGCUUGAGCUAAAAGAUGCAGAGAAUGUUCAAGUCAGUGAUGAGAUAUGCAUUCACUACCUAGUUCAGGCUCUAUGCCUGCUAGGGGAGGCGGACAGCGUACAGGGCGUGUAUACCUGGUGUAAGGACGUGCUGGGGAAGAAGAUGGCGUGGAUAAAGGCUGCAGUGGAGAAGGCAUCAGGAAGGUAUGAAGUAGCUGCUAAGGAAUACCGGACAGUGAUCCAAGGUCUGCUGCAGACAGAAGAGGACCGCGACGAGACGGUGAAAUCAGAUGAGACAGGGAAGUCUGAUGAGGCCCCGACUGUCCCCAGCAAGAUAACAGGAAUACUAGGGAGGCCCUCACUGGGACCAGGCGCCGCACUGGGGACCAGGAUAAACAUGUUCGCUAAUGAGGUACUAAACUGCUAUGUACAACUGGAGGACUGGGGCUCAGCCCUGGAGUGGCAGGAGUCGUACACCCAGCUGAGGGCUGACACCACCUUGGGGAUUCCUGCACCCACAUAUGAUACUGACAUCAACCUUAUCAGGGCGAUGUCGUCCUUUGACCAUGAGGAGAUGGGAGAGGCCAGGCAGCACCUCGACCUGGUGAUGGGGGACGGGGCAGAUUGGGGCCUCACCUGCGGAGUCCAGGGUGCCCUGUGUAAGCUUGUCAGGGCCUCCACUACAGCACACCAGCAUGCCGUCAACAACCACAAGUCUGAGAUCAUGAAGGAGUUGACAGAAACAAUGGACGUGUGUGAGGGGAUUUUGAAGACACAAUGUACAGAGUGGCCUAUCCUGGCAUCACCUGACGUCCUGUCCAUGCUGACCAUGGCAGCCACACUGCAAGACCACAUUGACAACAAGUCCGUGUGCCUGCUUCCCCUGAGUGACAAUCUUCAGGUUGAUGAGACAGACCACAAUGUAUCAACCUUUCUUCAGGCAAUACGAUUGGUCAAACUCCAACAGGCAAUCAGUGGAGGGGUACCACCAGUUAAGGAGCUAUCCGAGCAACUUAAGAAGCUUCAGUUGUCUACGUCCAGUCUGGCGCGCAAGCAGCACAACUACUCUCUUGCGAAAUCUGUUCUCAACAAGCAUGCAGCCAUCUUAUUGGAAGGUCGCUCAGAGGUCAUGAAAGGUCACGACCUUGACACGCUUAAAGUCAGUCUAAAAGAGCUUCAUGAGGUCAAUGGCGCCAGCAUGGUGGAUGUUUUAAGGCUGCAAAGGGAGGCUGCAAAACUGAUACACUCUACAGGUGACCAUCGUGAGUCUGUUGAGCUACUGAGCGGCAGUGUGGUGGGGUAUGUGUGCUCUGAGAAGGUGCGGUCUGCUGUAUGUAGCAAGCUGGCAGCCAGGUCCCUGCUGACCCUCGUCAAGUGGCUCCAGGUGGACUACAAGUUGUUAUCGAGUGUGGCGCUGGGAGUCGGGCAAGGAGACGGAGCUAGCUCCCUGGCCCAUAACAUGGACGAUCUGUUGAUGAUUGAGGAGAGGACUGCAGCGUCCAAUAUGAGGCUUAUAAAUCAGGAGGGAACAGAUGUGAAGAUUGGUGACAACCCAAUCCUGAUGGACACAGACCGUAUCGUGGGCCGACUGCUGCAUCUCAGUACCAUACAGUGUGAGAGCCUGCCUAAAUCCUGGUACGCGUUUGCAGGCUGGUGUUACAAGUGGGGACGUAAGGCAGUAGACAGUGCCAGCCAUGGGAGUGUCCAGUUGUUCCCUGAUGAGAAGACCCAGAUUUUGUCCCUGAUACCAGAGAGUGUUAUAGAGAGUGAGAAGGAAGCAGUUCUGACCAUCCUGAGCCAUGUCCAUUCUGGCUUGGUCUCUGAGGAAGACAUAAGUGACCAAGAUCAGAGUCAGUAUGAUGAUGGUACGGAAACAAGACGCCAGCUGAUAGUGGCAUGUGAGGCCCUGCAGACACCCAUGGGGGAAAUCUCCCUGGAAGCCUUGCUUGAGGUGUGGCGUGGGGUGGUGCGCAGGAUCUACCACUACUACCAGCUCUCUGCCAGCUCUUACUUCAAGUUCCUCAAGCUGAAUGGAGGGACAAACCCACUGAAGGAACAGAACACAGAAGACUGUAAUGUGAUCAGCACACUGCGCGUUCUCCGUCUACUAGUUAAACAUGCUUGGGAACUCCGUGCUGUACUGGAGGAUGGCCUAGCUGCCACGCCCACUGCCCCUUGGAAGGGAAUCAUCCCACAGUUGUUCUCACGCCUGAGUCACCCUGAGGCAUAUGUGAGACAGAGUAUAUCAGACCUGCUCUGUCGGUUGGCGGAGGAUGCACCUCAUCUUAUUGUUUAUCCUGCGGUUGUCGGAAGCUCCACCUCAAGGCUGGAUGCAAAAACAGAGUCAGGUUUACUGAACAACUACCUGGCAAAGGAUGGUGAUGUGGAUGGAGCUACAGAAGGGAAUUCCCAAGAGGAAGAGGAAAUCCCAGUUGAAACUGAGGCUGAGUCAUUGUUACACAACUGCAUACUUUCCAUGCUUAACACACUAGCCACAAAUUUCCCACAGAUGAUAGGUGAUGUCAAACAGCUUAUUAAGGAGCUUCGACGAAUCACACUGCUCUGGGAUGAGCUCUGGCUGGGCUCGCUGAACCAGCAACACGGGGAUGUGGAGCGCCGUAUCUCGCAGCUGGAGACGGAGAUUAAGAAGGUUAACAACAACUCUGCUCUCAGCAAGGAGGAGAGGACCGCUAUCAUUAGGGAGAAACACAGGGCUGUGCUUAAACCAACUGUGUACCUGAUGGAGCGCCUAUGUGAGAUAACCAGUCAGCCCCCGGAGACCCCACAUGAGACGUGGUUCCAGGACACAUAUGGACAACUCAUCACAAACGCCCUCAACAGACUCAAAAACCCACCCAACCCAAGCCACCCACGCGCUAGCUGGCAUCCAUUCAAACAGAUUCAUGUAAGCCUACAGCAAAAAGCCCAGAAGAGGAACAGUCUGAUGUUGUCGAUGCAAGAAAUAAGCCCCAAACUUCACGCUCUACGGAAUACUGUUAUCGCCAUGCCAGGUCUUGGAACAGCCGGACAAAUUGUUACCAUAGAGUCUGUAUCUAACGUGGUCCAGAUACUGCCCACAAAGACUAAGCCGAAGAAACUGGUGUUCAAGGGUUCAGAUGGCAAAAGGUAUCCAUACCUGUUCAAAGGGUUGGAAGAUCUUCACCUGGACGAGAGAAUCAUGCAGUUCCUGAAUAUCGUUAACAACAUGUUUGCUGCAGAUAACAAAGGCAGUCAUGAGGUAUUCCGGGCCCGCCACUACUCUGUGACCCCCUUGGGGCCUCGAUCUGGGCUCAUACAGUGGGUGGAUGGUGCCACACCCCUGUUCGCCCUGUACAAACGCUGGCAGCAGCGAGAGGCUCUUGUGCAACUCCUUAAACAGCAGGCAUCAGGUGGGGCCUCGGCAGCACAACAGCCAAGCAUACCGAGGCCCAGCGAGGUGUACUAUAAUAAACUGGCACCUCUACUGAAGGAGAAGGGCAUUAAGGACCUUGAGAACAGGAAGGACUGGCCUCUCAGUGUCCAGCGGAAGGCUCUGGAGGAACUGAUGGCUGAAACCCCACGGGAUCUGCUUGCACGGGAACUCUGGUGCUCGAGUAAUGGGCCUAAUGAAUGGUGGUAUGUCACCCAGACAUUCGCACGCUCUACGGCUGUCAUGUCUAUGAUUGGUUAUAUCAUCGGCCUUGGCGAUCGUCACCUUGACAACGUAUUGGUCGACCUCGCCACCGGGGAGGUGUUGCACAUUGACUACAAUGUGUGCUUUGAGAAGGGUAACAGUCUACGAGUUCCGGAGAGGGUCCACUUCCGACUGACACAGAACGUCGAGGCAGCACUAGGAAUCACGGGCAUUGAGGGAACAUUCAGGCUAGCAAGUGAACAUGUUAUGAAGACCCUACGUAAGGGCCGAGAAACUCUCCUCACUCUUCUAGAAGCCUUUGUGUAUGACCCUUUGGUUGAUUGGACAACAGGGAAUGAGGGGGGUUUUGCAGGAGCAUUCUAUGGCGGUGGUCUUGCCCCAGGUGUUGGGGAGGGGCGUCAGGGCAAGGCUGACAUGGAGCGGGAGAUAACAUCAAGCAUGUUCUCCAUACGAGUGGCUGAGAUGAAAGUCCCCUGGAUUCAGAAUAGGGAUGAGAUAGUGUCUGUAGUGGGACGUGUACAAACUCACCUGGACUCAAGACUGGCCUGGGUGGGAGAGUAUCAGGAGCUGAUAGUUGGGGAACAACACUCCCAGGAUCUUAGACGACUCCUGCAGGAAGGGCUAGGAAAUACCAGCAGUAUCUUACACUCUCUGCAUGAACGGUACAAGGAGUAUGUUGUACUGAAGGCAAACCGUGAUGGAGUCAACACUCUGGUACAGGAGAAGAUUAAGGAAUGUCGGGACUGGCAUCUCAUGCACAAGCAUGUAAUGAACCAAGUGCAGGGUUCCGCCUUCCAGAAGAUGUGUAAUGAUAUAGCCUCAUCUCUGUCCCUGGGCACGCCAAGUUUUGCAGCUGCCAAGGAGUUCUUACAGGGGGCAGGACAGGGGUCUGUUGUACAACAGUGUGAGCAAGUGGAGAGUGAGUUAACGGGACACCUGCAGCUCCAGCGCACCAAUCUGACACGUGUGAUUGACGUUCUCCACACGUACGCCACUAUAGUCGCACAAUUUGGCCAAAGCUUCGCAAACAACACGCGCACAAGCAACUAUCUGACAUGGCUUCAGGAGCUCACAACAGACUUCACGGAGGACAAGUGUCUACAGAUCGUGCAACAUUGUGCAGACUUGUAUGGAGAUGGAUUGUUCUCCCCUGCUCGGGUACAGCUUGUGUUGGCCGCGGAUGUCCGGCUACAGACGAUUAUUCAGGACACAAACACAAAGCUCAUCAAGCUUCUGGAGAGGCGAAGCCUAGAAAAAGCGGAAAUUCGUCUGUUAGAACAGCAUGUUAUUGACAGUAGGGGUGCCAUUGACAACUUUGUCAGAGAGAAUGGCAGUUUUGGUGUGUCAAGCCUGUGUGCGGUGGUAGUGACGGUGUUGUGUGCCCUCAAUAAGCGAAACCUGCAGAUGGAGGCUGCAGCCACAGGAGCUGGAGACAGGUUGAUGGACUUGACGUCGCGGGAUGGAGACUGGUUUCUUGAGGAACUUUGCAGCAUGAGUGGCAAUGUAGCUCAAUUUAUUGACCUCGUCAAGUCUUGCCAACAGGGAGAGGAGGGGAGUCAGUUAUCCCUCAUGUAUCGAGGUCUGGCUGUCACCAACCAUGUGUACACAGCACUUCAGGACCUAAAUGUGAAUUUCCGGAACAUCAUUCUGCCUGAGGCCCUGAAGAUCAUUCAGAGCGAGGAUGAUUCUGUGUACGGUGUGGUGUCAGGGCUUGAAGGGAUCCUUGCUGACCAUGGGGGCUCUGUGGGGGACAGGGGACUUGACACGCUUAUAGCGCAGCUGGAGGUGCUGCAUAGGAAUGCUGUCAUGGGCAUGAAGAAUGAGAACCUGGAGUUACUACAGAGAGUAUCUUCUAUGGAGGCCCAGUUCAAGUCCCUGCUUGAGAGUGGAAUGUCUGGAAGCCCACAAGAGCUCACACCUGGGCAGAUGUUGCUCAUGGGCUUCAACGGGCUGUUUACAAGGCUAGAGGAUGAGUUCUCCACACUGCUUGAGUGUAUAGAUGGGCUUCAGGUCCCCACGGUCUGGAAGAAAGUCGAUGUGAUCAAGGAGGCUAAGUCACUUCAGCUGUCCUCCUUCACCCGUAACACGCGCAGCCUAUUGUCGAGUCUAUUUUUCCUGCGCCGUCUCCAAGUCAUGAAGGAGUUUUUCCACAUGUGUACCCAAUUUGCUGCCGCCAUUCUGGGGAUGGAGGGAGGUAACUGCGUCGAUGAUGAGCAGUUUACACGCCCAAUCAAGCGAUACAUUGCAGACUACGUCAGGAAACAGAUAAUUGGGUUCCCAUCCCAACUGCUGGGCUACAUUGUGUGUGUGUUGAUGGAGGGUAUGGGGCUGGAUGUGCGGGCGGAGAUUGAGCUCAAGGACAUCGGUGCGGAAUGUAAGGCCCCGCUUGAGGAUCUGUGUAAGAAGGCGGUGGAUGGUGGCCUCAGACAGGGCCUUUUUCAACAACACCACUUCACGCAGGCGUCCACACUUACCAGCGCCCUCGACGCUACCUGGAGGAGACAUGACCUGACAAGGAGACUGGAUUCUAACCUGGAGUUACUAAAGGGCAGUUUCCAGCGGGCCCAGCUGCACUUGACCAGGCUCCACUGGGUUCAGGAGGAUGUGUUUAUUCAGGCGGGGAUCCAGCCCUCACAUUUGAUGGUCGCCAGCAGGGCAACAGUUAUGUCUGAGAUAAAGAAGUGCAUGCAGUCAGUGUUAGGGGAGGAAGCAAGCCUGUCCCAUGUCCAGAGUCAGUACAGCCAGCUAGAGGGGUCCAUCACCCAGCGUCUCAAGUGGGCGGCUGGGGCCAACCCCUCCCUGAACCUCAUUCUACAGCAGUUUGAGGAUGCCAGCCUCGUCAGGAAACAACUUGCUGAGGAGGAGACAAAGAUAUCCCAGGAGGUUGUGAGGCUAUGCCAGGGAAUACUUCACCUGGAGGCCCUGAGAACACGCACAGCUGAGGCCAUGUCCUCAGAUAGCAACUUCCUUACUCUCAUCCAAAAGUGCAAUGAGAGUUGUAGACUGACAGGACAGUCAAGCUGUUCUGUGACCGAGCAGGAAGUGACACUUGUGCAGAUCAUGCCCUUGGGAGAAGGUCAGAGGACAGACACAGGGUGGAUGAAGGCCGCUCUCAGUGAAGUGAACACCCAAUUGCAGGAUGCUGACAAGAAAAUGUUGGCCCUGAAGAAUAGCAUCGAUGAUGCAAGGGAGGGCAUUAAGACAGAGGUGAAUGCAAUCCGGACCCUGCUGGCAUCCCAUCACAAGCUCAUGUCUGACAUCAGAGCCAUACUCAAGUCUCUUGCAAAGCAAGAGGAGACAGAGCAGGGCGACCAUGUGAGUGAGGGAAGUGUGCGACAGUACCUGAACACGUACAAGAAGUUCUCAGAGAACCUCACCAUGGCACUCAAGAUGAUCGUGAGUGAGGAGUUCACUGCUGAGACAAUGGCAGAAACCAAAGCACUGCUGGAGAGUCUUGCCACGCAGAUACCGCAGAUCUAUGAUGAACUUGUGGCGCUAGCUCCACCACUUGUCAGUGCUUCAGAGGAGCCGCGAAAUGGAAGCCCUGUCAGCUUCGCAACAGCUGUGAAGAAGUCUUCAGCAGCAGGCGUAGAGGAAGGCAGACGGGCAAUUCCCCCUGACUUGACAGGGACCCCGCCCACAUCCAGUCCACUAACCACAGCCAAGCCUCAUGUCUCCACUCCGGUAAAGAAAGCAGAGAAAAUUUCACGUGACCCCAAAACAGGAAAAGCGAUUCAGGAGCGUAACAGCUAUGCAGUGGGUGUGUGGAGGCGCGUCAAAAUGAAGCUAGACGGUCGCGAUCCUGACCAGAACAAACGACUGUCUGUCGCUGAACAGGUGGACUAUGUAAUCAAGGACGCGACUAACCUAGACAACUUAGCUGUGCUGUACGAGGGAUGGACACCCUGGGUGUGAGCCCGUAACCCUGUCGCCCACUGUGGGCUUCGUCCAAGAUAACACUGCACAGUAACCACGUAACGGGCAGUACCGCCAGCAGCCAUGUUCUCGCCACAACGCGGAUCUGUGGGUCGCAGUAGCGCAAGGAAAUAAAACAUCACAGCUGUAAAAUACAAAUGUCUCAGGCCCCGCCAGGGAGCCUACGUAUAUGAGAUGUAUUAAGCUGGUGGUGUAUUAGCGUUUAUACAAAAAGUCAUCCACUCUUGUGUUAGGAAUGAAGGAAGCCCCGAGUGCUCCACAAAUAUUUGGUCACCUUAGCUCGUACUGGUUGGGAAUGUUGUCAUUGGCAUUAAAAUACAUGUUGGUAUUGACGAUAAAUGUGAAGACUUAUGAAAAAUGAGUAUUGGAUGUACAAUAAUGUAUUUUUUUAUGCCAGGUGACCCUGUUUGGGGGGUGGGGGGUGGGGGUAGUCUUUGAAAGGUUUAAAAGUACAGAGGAAGAUAAUGUAAAUAUCAUACUGAUAAAAAAAUAUUGCACACAAAAUCACUUUUUUGGCCAUCACAUUGAAAAAUCAGUCAUUUUAUGUCCAGUUGAAAUAAAGAUGUUCAGUUGAAAUAAAGAUGUUCAGUGUUCAGUUGAAAUAAAGAUGAAAAACAAAAGUAUGAGCUACCAUAACUGUGUCUGUAAUGUAUUUUUGUUUAAUUAUUUUCUAUCUUAGUGUUUAGUAAGCAAUUCCCUUUCAAAUUAUACGAAGUAUUAGAUAGUGUUUAAUUUUGCUCUUCUUUAUGAUGAAGCUGGUAGACUGGGCACACUCAGCGCCUGACUAAUUGUUUGGAAGACCAAAAUUAAAUGCUAACUUUCUUAGUGUUCAGCAUGAAAUGUUAAUCAAAUACCUUUUUACCGGUACAAAGCAGUGCAUGCGGGCAAACUUUCAAAAUAACUUGCUCAAAAAAACCAAUCAAUGACUAAAUUGAAAUAAGGUGUUUGUUUUAGCUACUUAAUGGAAAUUUGGCAGUUGUGAAUCUUCAUGCAAUCCCUAUGGCAAAGGCAUGAACCUAAACACUUUAAUUCCAUGGGGUCACACGGCAUCAAAAGUUAACAUUAUAGCCAAUGUCUGUAUAAAAUGUCAAGAUUGUUUAUACAUUUUAUACCUUGACACAACGACAUAUGAAAUAGAAAGUUGCUACAAAAUGUGCACAAACAACAAAAAACAUGGUCCAUAUUUUUGAUAAUACCAACGUUUAUUUUUACCAUUUGUCUUGACAGUUUUUUUAUUUUACCCAACCAGAAGGCUUCGUGAACCAUUGCGACAUUCGUAACAUGUGGAAAAACAUUAUUUGCAUUCUACAAUGUAGAAAACCAACAUUUUGCUUGAGCCGUAAUCACGUCUGUGUUUCGGCGCGUGGCUGCAGUCAAUCAGUCAAUGAAGCAUGAACAAUUGUAACGAAAAAUUACUCGUGUAAAUACAUUUGUAACAUUGAUGUAAAUAGUUUUUUUGUUAAUUUCAUUAUUAUUUCAUGUAGAGUUUAAUGUAAAAAAAAGAAAGAAAAAAAAAAAAAAAGUGAAAAUGAAAUUGUUUUUAUCUUUUUUGAUUUUCUGUAUAAUGCAUUUGAUGACAUUUAUGAAAUGUUUUUGAAUAAUUUUAUGAUUUGAAUAAUGUGUUAUUGUUUUGGAACAUAUUGACUUCAUAUUGUGUUUUUUGUAAGUAAACCCUAUACUAAAUAUUAACAGAUGAACAUUCAGAUACUUCGAAUUUGAAAAAAUGUAAGGCACAUGAACAAAAAUAAAAAUCAUGGAGCUGUUCGUUUUUUUUUAUUUUGAGUGUUUUUCUUAGUAUAAAAAAGUUUCCUCUUCUCUUUUAAUUAUAUUUCCAAAUUUUGCAUUUAUUGACAUGUACUGAAAUGUAGUUAUGUCUAAGACUUGUUGGUUUUAGAAGUCGUCCGAUUGUAAUUGUAUUGUAAUGGCCAUAUGCUUGUUGCAAGUAUUGGACACUAAUUGAUUUUUUUUUCUUAUUAUCAUUUAGAAGUUUUCAUACUUCCAUGUAACUGUAAAAGAUACUCGUUCACGUAUCUGUUAUUGGCAACAUUUAUUUUUCAGACUUGGUGUGUUUUUCUAUUUUGCUUACUUUUAUUAACAAGCACAAUUCAACAGAAAUUCAACAUAUUUUUUUAAAGUUUAGCCUCCGGUUACUCUAUUUUCAAUAGUAUUUCUAAUACUAAUCGACGAAAUCGAGCAUUUUUUGUCGCAGAGAUGCUCUUGUUUGAAUUUGUAAAGAUGUGUUAUCAUUUUUAUGAGCAAAGUGUUUACAUGUCACACAGACCGCGGUGUUUUGAGCAGUACAAAGUGCUUGUAAAUGUUUAAAAGAAUAAAAUUAUUAGAAUUUUAAGUGAGAAUUUUUCAUUUGAAAUUAAUUGAAAAAAAUCUUCACCAGUACUGACGGUGUCAUGUUGAUUUAGAAUAUAUAUUUUUCGCUUUUGUAUAUGUGUAAUUUUGUUUAUAUUUUUUUCUUGAAUUAAUUAGGAUUGUUUUUGUUUGAAUUGUUUGAAAAAUUCAUGACAGCGGGAUACUAUGACAGUGGGAUACUAUGACAGGGAAAGGUUAUUUUUUCUCCAAAAAAAAAGAUAAAGAGUCUUUUGUAUUAACAUAGCCGCAAAGUAUUAGGCCAAGUCAGAGGCAAUAUGCUCAUGUAUAGCAAACCCAUAAGUCUGCCUUGAACAAAUGUUGAGUUAUGCCCCAUACUAUCAUAACUCGGAAAUAUUGAUUAAAAAAUGUGGUUGUACAAGAAAUUCAUUGAUAAAACUGGGACAAACAGAAGGAAGACAUACUUGGCCGUUUGAAGUAGAAUUACAAGAAUUCAAACUUGAACUUAUUAAUAAGAAACCUAAAAAUGAUACAACUUUGACAGAGCGACAUGGUAUCCUGCAGUUGAUGUUAUAUUGUAAUUGUAUUUGUUUAUGUUGUUUGGAAUGAGAUCAAAAUGGUAAUGUAUCAUUUUUCAUUUUGCUUUGUUCCCAAAAGUAGGAAUUGUUUCAAGGGAGGUAAACUGUUCUAGCAUUUAUACUUUUUAAGGGAAAUAAUUAUGUAGUGCUCUAUAAUUAUGUAUUAUGUCUUGUAAAUAAGUUAAAAUAAAAUUGGUGUUGGUG